AAGAAGAGGAAGGAGAGAGACAGAGCAGCAAGCAAAGCACCGCGAGGCAAGGAAGGUACCCACCGGAGCUCACAAUCCCCUUUCCACACGGUUCACAAUAGGCUGUCGCUGCUCCCCCCCACCCUCCCCACCAUCUUCUACUCCCUUCCCUUCCCCUCCCCUCCCCUCCCCUCCCCUCCGAAGAGAAUCUUCUCCGGCGGGAAGUCAUCGAAAUCGUUCAGGGGAUUGCUCCACUUCCUUUGCGCCACUCAAUCGGAUACCUAGACAUCGGAGUCGAGCCGCGGCAAGCAGACACCUACCCCCAAUGGAUUUGGCCGAGCUUUGGGCGAUCUUCGGUCCCGGCAUCGCUGGGUCUGUUUUCGGCGCCGGAUGGUGGUUCUGGAUCGACGCUGUCGUCUGCAGCUCCGUCAAAGUCUCCUUCGUUCACUACCUUCCUGGGAUAUUUGCGUCUUUAGCUGCUCUGAUGUUCAAUUGCGUUAGGAAAGAGGAUAUCGACUAUUCUCCCUACGAUGAAGGCGAGUGGAGGUUGAAGCUUUGGCUUUUCUUUGCUUAUGUUGUGUCCUUUGUCUCUCUAGCUGCAUCGGUCGGCCUUCUCAUUCAGGAUUCCCUUGUGACAACUGGUCCUUCAGUUUGGACAGGAGUUGCGGGAGUCUUGCAAUGCGUGUUUGUGUUGAUCAGUGGACUUAUAUAUUGGACUUCACACUCUGAGUAACGAUUCCCCAUGCAAAUACACGGGUAAUACUUGUUGUACUUCCAGUGCAAGUGAUAGAAAGGAUGCUCUGGUAGAGCGAUCAUGUGCAGUUUUAUCUAUUUGUUGUUACCUUUGUUUAGAUGGCUCUUUCUCGGAAGAAGGGUGCACAGACAUUUUGUGAAUGUGAUUUAUCUUGUCAUGCGAUAAGGUCGGAAAAGAAAUGAGCUUCUAACUAAAGCUAAUACCCUUGGUUCUUCUUGGAAUUCUGUUUCCUUUCCUAGCCCCCUUAUGCUCGUAAUUAUUCUAGUUCUGCGGCUUGUUUCGUGUGGGAAUUGUUUUUAAAAAUUGUUAUUUUCCUUGGUACAAGAUAUGAGUAAUCUCCUGUAAAUUGCAUGCUCUUCGAAAUGUAUGGGAGGCAUUGGAUGUUAGUGCCGGCAGGUUGUGCA